AUGGGACGACGGGCGAAGUAUCUCACUCUUGCAGACAAACACGCAGCCAAGCGGUCUCAGCAGGCGAAGUAUAGUGCAACAGGGCGCGGGAAGGCUCAGCGAGCAGCACAGAGCCGUGUCCAGUACGCGUCACGCCACGGCCACUUUCCAACCCCGUUUCCCCAGAAGAUCGAAGGGAUAUCAUUCGCCGUUCUCACCCAUGCUAGGAAGCCGUUUCGAAUCCUCGUGAGCUCAACCGAGUGUUCAGAUCUGGGCCUCUAUACACGACCCUACAACCUCGUCAUCCCCACUCAGUACUCGAAGGAUUUCUCAGAAAACGACGAGCUGUUUACAGACGUAGAUCACGUCCUGAACGAGCUCACACGGAUUCUGAACUCGUGGCAAUACUGGCUGUUGAAGGAGAGCGGGCGGGAGAGGUAUGCGCUGUUCAAGACGAUCGGAGGCAAGGGUCUGGCUGAGAGACUACAGGAGGAAGUGGAUAUACGGCUGCAGAGCUGGGUGGAUGCGGUACCGAAGGAGAUCUUGACGCAGACGGCCGUUGUGAGGGUGGUCGGUACUGAAUGGGCGGCGCGAAUUGUCUGCUGCCUGGCGUUGGAACUCCAGCUUCUGGAGUCGAGUACUGUCGAGUAUGAGCGAAGUUUCUAUAAUGAAUCAUUGCCAUGGCAGAUGUUGUACCACAGCCCCGUAUGCUAG